AGCAGCUUCAUCGAAGAGUAUUUGUAUAAUUUUGUUAGUUUUUCGGCCUCCAAAAUUCAAGUAGAUUUCACGCAACCUCCAAUGCACAACCUGUAGUGAAAUGACGCCGAGUUUUUCAUCAAGCAUGGGUGCGGAUUUACUGGACGUGACAACUCCGCGCCAUUCGCUGCUAUCGGGGCGGUUUAAGCAGAGCUUCGCCUACAUAGCCCUGCAGACGCGAAUGCCGGGUAUAAUGUCGCAGAUCAUCAUGACGCUCUUCUCGAAUAAGGCGCGACUGCAACAGAUCCAUGGCAGUGAGGUCGAUAAGGACUUUCACAUUAUAAUUGAAUCGAUAGAGCGAUUAAAGAGGGAACUGCUGCGUGAUCGCAACUUUCAGCUGUUCCAUGGCAAUGAGCCGGACAAGGCCGAGUGGAAUGCCUUUAUCAGCGAGCUGCCACGCCCCAAGCGAUCGUUCUUUCGGGCGAGCUGGCUGCACUCCGAGUGCUAUCUGUAUAGGCGCAUCAGUUCGUUCUUCGAGAAUAGCAAGUGCCUGAAAGACUUUGAUUACUUUCAGGACCUCAAGCAGGAGGAUCUCAUAGUCAGUAAUAAAGCAAUAAGCUGCCUCACCCUGGCCACACGCGGGCUAAUGAAGGACUUCAAGUCCUUUAGCCGCCUGAUGCGCAUCAACUUGUGGAGCAAUCAUUUUGAGAUUCAGCUAUCUUCAUUCAUUUUCGAAUCGCCCCAGGAUCACAGCAACAUCGAUGUCCUUGCCCAAGUGGCCGAUCUGGAUCGUCGGGUGUUGGUGGACGAGAGCCAGAUGGUCUGGGACUGCUUGCUGAAGGCCAAGGGCGAGCACAUCAUUGUCGACUACAUCUGCGACAACGGGGGAUUCGAGCUAUUUACGGACCUGCUGUUCAUCGAGUACUUAGUGGACCAGGAGCUGGCGACUCAGGUGCGGAUGCAUGUCAAGGCCAUACCCUGGUACAUAUCGGACGUAAUGAAACACGACAUUGAAUGGACCAUCAAAUACUUGAAGGAUAGCAAGGAGGAGCAUGUCUCCUUGCUGGGCAAGAAACUGGAGUCUCUGAUGGAGAGUGAGCGCAUCGUCAUAGCACCCAUUUCGCAUUUCUGGACGGGACCACAAUCCUAUUUCGUCAUGGUCGACUCGAAUUUCGAAUUGUACAGGAUGCUCUCGCAGGCCCAGCUGGCGAUCUUCAAGGGAGAUCUCAACUAUCGCAAGCUGCUCGGCGACUACAUCUGGGACUCCACGGAGGAGUUCAUCACGUGCCUGCGCGGCUUUCGGCCAACCAAUAUGUGCGCCAUGCGCAAUGUCAAGUGCGAGGUGAUCUGCGGCCUGCCCGAGGGUACUGCCGAUCACUUGAUGAGGACCGAUCCCACCUGGAUGAUAUCUGGCUACUAUGGCGUUAUCCAGUACACGGAUAGCCUCAAAUGCAAGUGCGAGGCUCAGCUUUCUUUGUGCUCGCUGCACAGCAAGAUCAUAUGAUGCAAAUAGUCGAUUUGCCUGUGCUCCGAUUGCUCAGUAGCAGCUGGUGAGAGGGAAUCCGAUGUCUUAAUUUGCAUUACGCUGCCAGCGAAGAAAACUCACAGUGCUCCUAAUAAAUGAGCCCAAAUUUGUCAGCGCACUUUGCCCAAAUCAAACUGCAUCGUUACGCCCACCGAGCGAGUCUGCACCGCCUUCAGCUCUGCGUGGCUGCCACCUGCAUUUCUCCAGCCAGCGCCUGACCAGCGGCCCAUAGGCCAAUUGGCCAAUUGGCGAGUGACUAAUGCUGUUGGUUUUAUUGAUGUGGCGCACAUGCGCCGCCAUUUGUAUGCGAGAGGCUGCCGGCGCUGCGACUCCUUCCGGAUAAGCAAUUGGCAUUGGAAAUGGAAAGUUGUGAAAAUCAACAUGUGGCGCCGUGGAGAUGGUCGAGUAGUGGUCAAAGCGUGUUUAUCGGAUGUUGUUGAGAUACAUUCAAGUGGAAUGGCUUUCAUUUCUGCAAAGAACUAUUUUUAAAGCGGCGAUUUUUUUCUUAGAUGCAUUUAUGCAUCAAAUUUUGUAAUUCAGAGAUUUGUACAGAUAGA